AUGGCUCCGCCGCCCCUCCCCCCUCCAUCUCCGUCUGGUUCGACUGAGCGACUCGCCGAAGAGCUAGCUCCCACCCUCGACCAACUGAAGAACCUCGCCGCGGGCAAGGACCUGACCCUCUCGCAGGCCCUCACGGCGACCGAGCCUCUCCUUCGUCUUCGCCAUACCUUCAUCGAUGAUGCACGCCCUCAAACUGCGAAAGAUGCCUUCCGACAUCUCCAGGGUUUCCAGGUCCUGCUGGGGCUCGCGGAACAACUUGCUGAGCUAUAUGAUCCCCAGAACCUCUCCAAAGAGGACAGAAAGAGCUUGCUUGGAGUCUACAAGGAUGUCGUUGGAGUCGUGGCCGAAGGAUUGAAGGAACAUUUUGGAAACAAACGAUAUUUCGCCCGCAGGAUUACCGGCGGCGGGACUGCUGGUCUGGAACGGACCCUCGCUGUGCUGGUUGGGAAGAUAGGUGAUACCGAAGCCGAUUCACAACAAUUGUACGGAGCCAUCCUGGCUGCCGCGUUGUGCCAGGAAGCCGUAGCGGGGAUUUUUGCAGCUCUCAACGGCAAAAUCCCGCAGCCACAGGGCACGGAUUCGAUAUCUCCCAAGGACAUCCGAAUUGCCGUCGAUCAAUUCAUGGGCUCUGCCGAAACUGUGGAGGUCGCAGAGCUGCUCGGCCCGUUGCUCCGCAUUUGGGUAACACACUCUGUGACACCUGGAAAUAACGGUCUCCGUUUGGCUAUCCCCGCAUGUCUUUGUCAAUUGGCUUCCCAAUCUCGCCGGAACGUUGUAGCUUUGCAUGCCACCGGGAUGCUGACCUCAAUCCUCCCGCUCUUGUUCGAUGACGGCAGGUCCGACACCGAAAGAGCUCUUUAUCAGGAUCUGGCUCGGUAUCUUAGUGUCCAGGGUAUGAGUAGCUUGGACGACGCCGUUGCCCUUUACCGACGUGCACACGAUAGUCCCCAGGUUCUUCAGUUCCUACUUUCCGCACUCAAAUUCUCCAAAGAGCCCCCGUCAAUACAGUUCGACCUCUCUCUACAUGGGUUCUGCUCUGUAGAGUUCGCAACCUUGGGUCGACCAUUCCCACCAAGCACAUCGGCUGGCUACACCUUGUCCGCUUGGGUACGCUUUGAUGAGUUCGAUUCAAACACGCAUACCACAAUAUUUGGAGCAUUUGAUGCUAGCCAAACUUGUUUCAUCCUAGCUUAUCUGGAGAAGGACACACGCAACUUUAUUUUGCAAACCGCGAUUCGCGGCCCGCGCCCCAGCGUACGCUUCAAGUCUGCCAAGUUCGAGCCGGAUCGCUGGUACCAUAUCUGCCUCAUUCAUAGACGGCCAAAGCCCACAUCCUCGUCCAAGGCAUCCCUCUUUAUAGAUGGCGAAUUUUCGGAGCAGCUUUCUUCGGAACCCCCCCAGGAUCUUGCAAUGAGACUUGGUAAAGGGGUUUCCACGUCUCGCUGGUCACUUGCCAAUGGAAUUUUGUUCGAUGAGGUGUUCAGCGAUGACAUGGUGGCUGUAUUUUACAAUCUCGGUCCGCGCUACUAUGGUAACUUCCAGGACUGCCUAGGAUCUUUCCAGACGUACAAAGCAUCUGCCACUCUGAACUUGCGGAAUGAACAUCUCCAUCCCGGCAAAGAGGAGAGCUCGGAUAUCGUCACUGCUAUUCGACGGCGAGCAAGUAAUCUUGUUCGCGAAAGCUCAAUUCUGAUCAAUGUUUCCCCUGUGGCUGUUCUUGACGACGAUGACAGCAACAACGUGGACGAGUCACAGCUUAUCAAAUGCUUGUCCAAACAAGCAGCUAAGUCCCUGCAGCAGCUAACUAAGGCCGGGGGUAAUGCCGUAGCGGUAAAUGGAGCCACUCCUGCGAUCAACGACGGCUUGACCCAGCCUCAAGGAGUAGGAAUUCUGACAGGCGAUCCAGUCGUUGAAGUUCCACGAUCGCUGGACGACGCCAGCUGGUGUUUGGGUGGCUGUGCCCCGGUGCAUCUCAGUCUCAUUCAAGCCGCUGGCACUGCCGAGAAUACACGGACUGCUGUGGAAGCGCUCUACGAGGCUGUUCGGGAUAAUUGGCGGAAUAGCGAGGCGAUGGAGAGGGAUAACGGAUAUGGAAUCCUCGCUGUACAACUCCGGGAGAAAUUGGGCUAUCAGUUUGGCACACCAACCACACCAAACAAGACCUCCCUGGUUGCGUCAACCGAAGAACAAAAUUCUUUGACCCUUGAGCUACUCCGACUCACUCUUGCAUUUGUUGGCUAUGACUUCGACCGUCCCAGUCACUCCAUCAUCACGAAUCCUCUCGCCUAUAGGAUAUUGCUUGUCGACAUGGAUGUCUGGCGAUUUGGAGACAAACCUGUCAUGGAUUUAUACUAUUCGCAAUUUCGAACAUUUGCUACCGGGAGCAACUACCGCCGAUUCAAUGCCAGGCGACUCGGCCGCAUGCGUGUCAGCAAGAAACUUCUUGAGAUUUUGAAGGGGGGCGAACUGACACAAGAAACUCUUCAACCUUGCCUGUCCGCCUUUCGGUCCUUGGUUGAAAGCAGUCCAUCCCCUGAUCUCCUUCGAUCGCUGGCUUUGUCUAUAACUUAUACCCUCCACAAGCCUAGCCCAUCUGCCGCACUGAAGAAAAAGAAGAGUCUUCGGUUUGUGGGAGCUUCAUCUCGACCAGGCUCCUCAAAGUCAGACUCGGAGAAAUAUAUCGCAAAUAUUCCCCUGGGAAUCGAGAUGCUGCGAUUGUAUUCCAAUAUCCUCUGCAACCCUCUUGACCCGACGCCUCUGAAGAAGUUUGCCAAGGCGGUCACCAAUAAGUGGCUCUUGUACCUCGCCUGUGAAGAUGAGCCCGAAGUCGUUACACAUGCUGUUAAGAUUCUCGCGAGGCUACUCAUUGUCCAUGGAAGCAGCUACAGCAAGAAAUUUGCCGACAAGAACGCAGGGUACAUGAUUCUGGAACAUCACCUGAAACGAUGGUGGAAUAUUCCAUCUAUCUGGAUCAUCUGCCUGUCUAUUUUUUUCGGACAAGAUGUUGCUCGUCUGGAUCUUGAUAAACCUUUCAACGCACCUGCCCUCCUCAACAUGUUCUUGGCAGAUGGUGAGCUCCGCAUUGCAUUUCCCGAGAUGCUCCCUGUCAUCAUGGCAAUGCUAAGAGCCGGAUCGAAACAAAUAAUAUCUACUGGUGAAGCAAAGAUGGCAGAGGAUUCACAAGCUCUAUUCGUAGAAGCUGCGAUCAGUUCAAAGAACCCAAAUAUGGCGACGUGCAACCUGGCCGAUGUACCCCUGCCGGAUCGAACAAAAUAUGGUAUCUCCAUUCUAUCCUCAGUUGUCAAGUUCUUUGCGGAGGCUCGAUCGAUCUCUAGAAACUUCCAAGAAUUCACUACGCAGCCAAAUUAUCUUCAAGAGCUUCUGUCUAUUCUCUAUCCUUCAGUUGUUGGCACAGAUCCUGUUGGCCCGACCAUUGAAAUGAGCGCUCGACACGGCGGAAUCGGCUUCGAUGACAGCAAUCUCGUUCUUCGACCCCGCUCAGGUACCGCAAACGCCUCUACGGCCUUCCAAACGACCACAGUUGACGUGGCGGAAAGUGCCGACGAGAGUACUGAUUCGCUUCGCCGUGGAUCCUCGUUUGUCCUUAUCUCUUCAGAAAGAGCUAAACACCAGCCGUCUUCUGCUCGCAUUCGUCGCAUAGUCGAUCCCAAGUCAGCAAAUGACAAGGCCGUGAUCGAUCAUCCACUCACAAAGGCUAUUUUUGGCCUCGUCCUCCCGAUGUUUGAGGAUCAACUGCUCGAAAGAAAAGACUUUUCUGGAUUAGGGUUGUAUCAAAAAACGCCCCCUGGGUUUAUGGAGCACCAAGCGCAUUUCAACUCCUGGGUAUUCAACUCUCUUCUCUCAAAUCUGAAGAAAUUGCCGACAACAAACCCUCGCCUACUCCAAGAACCUCGUGUUUUGACAAAUCUCUCGCGCUUUGCAAUCCAUCUGGUAGAGGCGGUCUAUGAGGGAUGGUAUAUCAAUGGGCCCGUAUCUAGUCUCGAAUGUAUGGGUACGAUUCUGGAAUACCUUCAACGCCCCGAUGUGGCAAGCCUCAAGAGUAUUCGUCUAUGCAGUCAAGCAGUCGCUACUAUCCAUUCAGCGCUCUAUCGGAUCGUCCUAUUCCAGCUUUCAGAGGCGGAAGAUAGUGAAGCUUUGUCAGUCCUGAAACGACUGAACUACUGGCAAGUCGUGCUUCUUUCUGCAGCCGAUACGCAGUCGAAGUAUCUUCAAUUACUUUUCUACCUGCUGUACACUAAACUGAUCAGCACCGAUGAAAACGUCCGUUUGGCUGCAGCAAGCCUUUGGCGGAUAAUCCUUGUUCAGAAGCCUGAAGAGCGCCGACUGGCUGACGGGUUUGAUACCCUUGUGGGCAUGGAGGAUGAAGCUUUUCUUCCAUGGAUUGAUGGUCAAAGAGACGACCUUGAUGCAUUGUUCUUCGGGAUCUUGUCUCGGUCCUGGGAGACUUUCGUCCAGGAAGAGAAUGCGAAAAGUGAGGAUUCAGGAAAGAAUCGCAUGUCAAAACGCAAAGAAAAGUUGAAACAAUGGGCUCAGUUGGAAAAAUUCAAUGAGGAGGUCAUCAGGAAACAUGACGCUACCCUGCCUCAUUGGAUCUCGAACAUCUCCGCAUCGGAGUUUCUGAAGUCACAAAGGUUUCUGCAAGACUUACAAGAUAACUCUGUCUUCAUGUGGUCGGCAUUCUCAACGCUUUUGAUGGAUCUGCGACGACCACGUGGUCUUCUCGCGGAAGAGAAGGAAAGAAAAUGGCGACUUGAUCAAACUGAAGGUCGCAGCCGUAUGCGAUUGCGAGUCGUCCCAGACGAAUCUGGUGAUCGACAGGAUUACCAGCCGAAGCGAAAGGCUUCCGAGCCCCCUAUGCCUAAGCUCGAUACUCGCGUUCGUGCACUAUCUGCAGGGGAAGUAGCUGCCACGCCUACCGUUAUGACAGCCGAGCCUGAAGGUCUUGACUCUGAGCCUCAAUAUGGCGAAGCUGAUAAUGCCACCAACGCGGAAGAUCCAAGUAUGCUUGAAGAAAACUUCGAGAUGAUUGAUGACCCCAAGAAUGAACUCGAGGACUACGAUGACAAAAAUCGCAAAGUGAUGCGGUCUCUUCACCGCGGCGACCAGGUCCAGAAUGUGUGUAACAUGUCACGGAUCAUUGGUCUCGAGGCUGUUGAGGGGCUUUUGAUUCUCGGAAAGGAUUGCAUCUACAUUCUGGACAACUUCUUUCAAAGAGCCGAUGGAGAAAUUGUCAACGUCUGGCAAGCCCCUGUAGAGGAACGCGACUCUUAUGUGCGAAUGAUUUCCGGACGAGAAUCCAAUGACCGCCGUUCUCAAGAGCACGAAACUAGGAGCUGGAAGUGGUCCGACCUAGUCAGCGUCUCCAAACGUCGCUUCCUCUUCCGUGACGUUGCCCUAGAAAUCUUCUUCACAGAUGGUACCAGCUACCUUCUAACGCUCUUUUCUGCGCGCGUAAGAGAUGACUUGUGCAAUCAGCUUGGCUCCAAAGCACCGCAGGUUACUGGAAGUGCUGGCCACUCGCGACCGGAAGAUAUCUGGAGGUUUGAAACCCUGCGAAGUCAAGAGGAUGCGCCGCAAUCCAUCGGUUCCAAGUUCGCAAGCGUCUUUGGCCAUCUUCCAUCGAACCCUGCAACGCGAAAAUGGGUCAAGGGCGAACUAUCCAAUUUUCACUAUCUGAUGUUGAUCAAUACCCUUGCUGGACGAACUUUCAACGACUUGACCCAGUAUCCAGUUUUCCCGUGGGUCUUAGCAGACUAUACAAGCGAAGAGCUCGAUCUCACCAACCCCAAGACAUUUCGUGACCUCUCCCGCCCCAUGGGCUGUCAGAAUCCCGAUCGCGAGGCAGGUUUCAAGGAACGUUACAAUGCUUUUGCGGAGAUGGGUGAUGAUAACUCCCCGCCUUUCCAUUAUGGAACCCAUUACUCCUCCGCCAUGAUCGUCAGCUCGUAUCUCAUUCGCCUUCAGCCAUUUGUCAAGUCAUACCUUCUCCUCCAGGGCGGAACAUUUGAUCAUGCAGAUCGACUAUUCUACUCAAUUCGAAAGGCAUGGGAGUCCGCAACGCGGGGUAACAUGUCUGAUGUGCGAGAAUUAAUUCCGGAGUUCUUCUAUCUACCAGAGUUCCUAGUGAAUUCCAAUAAGUAUGACUUUGGAGACCCGAAGAUUUUCAUUGAGAAGCAUCGCGAGGCACUAGAGAGCCCAUACGUUUCAGAAAACCUACAUCAUUGGAUUGACCUCGUGUUCGGUAGCAAACAGAAGGGCGAAGCCGCGGUUGAAGCCGUUAAUGUCUUUCAUCAUCUGUCUUAUAAGGGUGCGAAGGACUUGGAUGCAAUCGAUGACCCUAUGGAGCGGUUGGCUACUAUUGGAAUUAUUCAUAAUUUCGGACAAACUCCUCAUCAAAUUUUCCAACGUCCUCAUGCUCAGCGAGAAGAUCAACGGCACCGUGUUCCCCGGCUUGAUACCCUUGCGGAAUCCCUGACACAGACGCCGCUCGCAUUGCUCAAUACAGAAGAGCACGUGGCGAAUCUUUCUAUGAGACAGGAUCGCCUUCUUUGUACAGCUUCUCUUCGAUUGAAUGUCCCGCCAAACUACGAUCACUAUAUGGAAUGGGGAUUUUUCGAUGGCAGUGUCCGUUUUUACUCCGCGGAUAGCCGUAAACUUCUCGGACACUUCGAGCAUCUGCAUAUCGGCCAGCUUUCCCAUGCCAGUUUUGCAGACUCCCGAACGCUCAUCACAUGUGGAACGGACUGUACAGUUUCUCUGUGGACAAUCACUGCGACCUCCAAGUCAGUUGAUCUGCAACCUACCGGGUCGCUCUUUGGCCACCGCGCACCCGUCACCGUGCUCGCCGUUUCGCGUUCUUUCAGCACUUUACUAUCCGCAUCCAGCGACGGACAUAUCAUGCUAUGGGACCUUAACCGACGAGGUUUCGUACGAACGUUGCCUGCUGAAGGAACAGUUGACUGUGCUCGUAUAAACGACGUGACGGGCAACAUUGUUGUCUGUCGGGGUCAUCGUCUCACCAUGUACACUCUGAAUGGUGAUGUCCUAGUCGACCAACCGGUCUGCGAUUCGGUCGACGAUCGUGUGUUAUCCUGCGUCUUUUACGAGGGCGUCCAAAACGAAUGGCUCGAGCGUGAGCUUGUCCUGACCGGCCACAGUCGCGGCGUUGUGAACAUCUGGAGCAAGAUGAUUCGAAAUGGACGAUUUGAGCUGGAACUCAUCCGUCAACUGCAUCAUACAGACAGCAGUCGCGACACUGGGGCCAAUAUCUCAACGGGAAUCAGUUGUAUCCUUGCCCUUCCCCACGUGGUCUAUACCGGAGAUGAAGCGGGCCGUGUGUAUGAGUGGAAUUGCAUAACGAGGCGCUAG